AACGCAAUCCAAGAAAUGGCUUAUCUUCCUAGUAAUAUUACAUUAUUAGGAACAUUCCUAGUAAUAAUUUUAUUUUUCACAAACCACAGAAUUACUUUAGGGUUUGGAGCUUCUAAUACAACUGAUUCACCAGCUGGUUUUCUUGAAUGCCUUACCGUUGAGUUACAAAGCUCCAACUCAGCAACGAGUCACCUGAUUUACACACCCAAUAAUUCAUCAUACGCAACUCUUAUUCAAAUUGAAAAUCAAAGACCGGCGGCUACCUUCCCGGAGAAGCCUCUUCUCAUUUUCACCCCUUUUUACGAGCACCAAAUCCGAUUGGCGAUUCACUGCUCCAAGAAACUCGGAGUGGAGAUCCGACUCAGAAGCGGCGGCCAUGACUACGAAGGUCUUUCUUCCGCCUCCGAGGUUACCUUCAUGGUCGUGGACUUGAGAAACCUACGCGCCGUAAAAAUCGCCUCCAACGAGAAAACCGCCUGGGUUCAAGCCGGCGCAACCCUCGGUCAACUCUACCACACCCUAGCCCAGAAAAGCAGGACUCUUGCUUUCACCGCCGGAGUUUGCCCCACGGUCGGCGUUGGCGGCCACAUCAGCGGGGGAGGAUAUGGCAUGAUGUCCCGCAAGCAUUCUCUUGCCGCGGACAACAUCGUGGAUGCCAGAGUAAUGAACUCCGAUGGGCAAAUCUUGAACCGCCGGUCAAUGGGGGAGGAUCUGUUCUGGGCCAUAAGAGGCGGCGGAGGUACUAGCUUCGGGAUUGUCCUCGCCUUUAAAGUAAACCUAGUCACCGUCCCGGAAACCUUGACGGUUUUCAACGUCACAAGAACUUCCGAACAAAACGCAACCCAGCUAGUGCACAGGUGGCAGUACAUCGCCGACAAGGUCGACGAGAAUCUUCUGCUCAGACUCUUCUUGAGAAGCGUUACAUCUCCGGUCACCGGAAACCGGACAGUUAUUGCUUCUUUCACAACCUUGUACCUAGGUGGAGUUCAGGAUCUUCUGCCAUUGAUGAAACAGCAAUUUCCAGAGCUAGGGUUAGUGGAGAAAGAUUGUACGGAAAUGAGUUGGAUAGAAUCGGUACUCUUUUUCGCAGGUCUGCAAAACAAGCCCCUCGACGUUUUGCUAGAAACAGCUCCCCCGAGUAGACAAUAUUUCAAAGGAAAAUCAGACUAUGUGCAAGAGCCAAUUCCAUUAGAUGGGCUCCAAGGAAUAUGGAGAUUCAUGCACGAAGAAGAUGAAAUGGGAAGUCGGUUGGAAUUGAGCCCAUACGGAGGUGUGCUGAAUAGUUUCUCGGAAUCUGAAACACCGUUCCCACAUCGAUCCGGUAACAUUUUCAUAAUUGAGUAUGGUGUAUAUUGGCAUUCUUCAAAAGGAAAUAAUGAAGAACAAGGAGAUCAAAAGCAUAUAAAAUGGAUGAGGAGACUCUACAGUUACAUGGCCACUUACGUGUCGAAAAACCCUAGAGCUGCUUAUAUCAAUUACAGGGAUCUUGAUUUGGGGAUGAAUAACAACUCAGCUGGAAAUACUACAACCUGCUAUGAACAGGCUAGGGUUUGGGGGAUGAAAUAUUUCAAGAACAAUUUCCAAAGAUUAGUUCGUGUCAAGACUAAGGUUGAUCCAACAAACUUUUUCAGAAACGAGCAAAGUAUUCCACCCUAUGCCGCCAUAUCUGUGUACUCGUCCUGAUUGAAGGAUCGAUUUCGUAGUUUUUUUUUUUUUUUUUUUUUUUUUUUUUUAAAUCAGAAUUAAGCUAGUUCAUUAAGUGGUGCUAAUAAAGAUGUUUGCAUGCAUGCAUCAUGAAUAAUGUUUAAUGUUGAUUUAAGUAGUCUGUCAUUGCGUAGCUUCUAAGGUGAGAUAGCUAAAUGGAUAAGCUUUUCAUUCCUUCUUUACAAUUUAGUCGUGUGUUUUA